CUGGUUAGGACUCGAGGACAGCCAGGCAGGGCAGAGAAGAAGAAGCCAUCCUGCUUGAUGUGAAGACACGGCGAAUCCUUUUCCUGUGUUUCAGGCGGCAGUAAACAUCUUCCUCCAGAGCAGCAGGAGUGGAGCUCCAGGAUGGAGCAGGAGGGGCCACAGCCCCCCGACAUUAAAGAGGAAGAGGAGGAGCCACAUCCCCCCCACAUUAAAGAGGAAGAGGAGGACCACAGCAUCAGCCAGGAGGGAGAGCAUCUGGAAGCACUGGAGGAAUUCCCAUUGAUUGGUGUCCCUGUGAAGAGUGAAGAUGAUGAAGACGAUGAAGGGGAAAGUGAGGAGAAGAGAGAGGCGGAGCCUCCAAGCAGCAGCUCAACUCAACACAUGACAACAGAAGCCGAUGGAGACCACUGUGGAGGAUCACCAGCAGACAAGCUCUUAGCUCCACUAUCAGAUAGUGAGCACACAACAUCACACUCUCCUGACACUGAUGAUGAAGACUCGACAGCUGAUAUGACAUGUCACCCUGACAACACACACUUUAAAUGCGACCACUGUGACAAAACCUUUCAUUACCAUAGUCACCUGAAAAGACACGUGCGAAUGCACACUGGAGAGAAACCAUUCACGUGUUCACUUUGUGGUAAAAGAUUCUCACGGAAGUCGCAUUUGACAAGACACACAAGAAUACACACUGGAGAGAAACCUUUUACCUGUUCGCUCUGUGCUGCAAGUUUUGUACGAAAAGAUGAGUUGAAAAUACACACGAGAACACAUACUGGAGAAAAACCUUUUUCCUGUUCAAUCUGUGGCAUAGGUUUUUUACGAAAUCCAGAUUUGAAAAUACACACCAGAAUACACACUGGAGAAAAACGUUUUACUUGUUCUGUCUGUGGUGUAAGUUUUUUACGAAAUUCAGAUUUAGAAAUACACAUGAGAAGGCACACUGGAGAAAAACCAAAUUCCUGUUCAAUCUGCAACAAAGGUUUUUGUGACAGAACAAACCUUGUUGUGCACAUGAGGACACAUACCGGAGAGAAACCUUUUCCUUGUUCCAGCUGUGGUAAAAGAUUCUCUCUUAAGGCAAAUUUGAAAACACACACGAGAAUACACACUGGAGAGAAACCCUUUACUUGCUCAGUGUGUGGUAUAGGUUUUGUCCAAAAUCAGUAUUUGAAAAUACACAUGAGAACACACACUGGAGAAAAACCAUAUUCUUGUCCGAGCUGCAGCAAAAGCUUUUGUGAACGAACAAAUCUUGUAGCGCACAUGAGAACACACAGUGAUGAGAGUUGCCGAGUGUGUGACCAAGAGUACGAGCUUAACAACCACAGUUACGCUGCUGAGAAUAGCAGCACUAAAUGAAGCUACAUACUUUCUAUCAUCAACAAAUAUCAUGUUGGACACCACUGUCGUGCGUAUCUUGUUAGUAUGCUUCUACCAUUUGAAUUCAAUAAAAAUACC